GCAGUAUAUAAGAAAUACAUUAGACUGCACAAAUCAUGUCAAAUAACAACGAUUUCGAAAACCGAAUGCAUUUCAUGCUUAAAAACAAUAACGGGAAACCUUUUAGUGAAAAAAAAUAUCCAAAAGGCCAGCACGUGGGUUUUCUAAACGAGGAAUUCGGAAACUACUCGACAGAAUGUGAUAAAUUGAUUGUAUAUCAGAGAAAUCUCAUCCAGCAGCAGCAGUGUUUAAUAGACAUUUUAUCAGUUAAACUGGGAAAAUGUGAAAAAUCAGAUUCCGAGGAGCAAGACUUAAACCUCAGUAAACAAAAACAAAUUAUCAGAAUAUUCGUAUCGAUCUCAUUCGCCUUAUUGGUAACAAUAGGAGUUGUUGUUCUUAUACUACAUUACACAAACAGUGCAUUGAAAGACAACUCAGACUUUACUACAACUGUGCCUUCCAGCAAAGAUAACGAAAAUCUAGGAACUCAUCAAGUAUUGGAUAGAACUCAAUGGAACGGAAGAGCCGCACUAAGUGUCGAAAAUAUGACGUCCCCGGUACCAAUAGUUAUAAUAAAACACACUGGAGGAGGACCAUGCCUCACAUUUCAAGAGUGCGCUGGAAAGGUACAGACUAUUCAAAGUAACAGCGUCACUGACGGACUGUCGGACAUCAGGUAUAGUUUUUUAAUUGGUGGGGAUGGAAACAUUUACGUAGGAAGGGGAUGGAACGUACAGCCUGCUCAGAUUCCUGACACAAUUGAUAUAGCUUUCAUGGGAAGCUUUAGCUUCGACUUGCUAAGCGAUACUAUGAUCGAAGCGGCACAGCUACUGUUAAAGGAUGGAGUUGAGCGCGAAAAAUUAGAUAAAGAAUAUAAACUUGUUUCGCAUAAUCAAACUACGAGUACGGAAAGUCCAGGGAAGAACGUCUACGAACUAAUCACGAAAUGGCCCCAUUAUGACGGACAACUAAAGAUCGGAUGGCGGCAAAAAGGAUUAAUAUGGCAUAACACCCCGCCGAAGAGCAAGUCAACUUGGUACAAAAACAAAUAUGUAAUAAUUAUCGGUGGAACAUUAAUACUUACAAUAAGUGCCAUAAUCGUGUUUGUGAUAUUAUAUAAUACAUCUGAGGAUGAAGAUGACGUAGAACGCCUAGGAGACCACAGAGUAUACAACAGGAGGCAUUGGGGAGCACAACCACCUAGGGCAACCGUAGAUUUGGUACAUCCAACAACCUUCGUGAUAAUUUCCCACAGUGUAAGUCCUUGGUGUGAUUCGUUUUCAAGCUGUUCUGGUCUCGUUAGGUCAUUCCAAAACCAUCACUUUACCCUAGGUAAUUAUGAUGUCGGUUAUAAUUUUAUAAUUGGUGGCGACGCAAACAUAUACGUAGGGAGAGGAUGGGAUGUGAGGAAUUUCCACAAUUCGAUCAGCAUUGGUAUUUGCUUUAUUGGUGACUUUCGCAGCGACGAGUUGAACGAUGGUAUGAUCAGCGCUGCUAAGCUCUUAAUAGAGCAAGGCUUUAAUGCGGGCAAAAUCUCAACGGAGUAUAUUUUGGUUGGUCAAAACCAGACCGACAGAGGUCUGCCAGAAAGUCCAGGUGAGAAUGUUUACAGGGUGAUAAAGAGCUGGCCCCAUUUUUCUGGUGAAUCAUAUUUUGAUUGAUAGAAAUGAAAUAUUCAAGAGGUCUACAAUUGAGACACCAGAUUACAAAAGCUUCUAUUUAUUAGAUUAGUUUCCAAUUAAUAUUAAUUCAUAAAAAAUCGGGAUGGGUUGUGUCCCACUGACAGAACAGAUAACAUCUAAACUGUAACCAAGAUCUGGUCUUUACAGGAAUAAUGUAUUUUCGAACGAAACAACUAACUUUGGUAAAAACGGGUUCCUCAAAUUCAAAUGCUUCUGAAAUUUCAUAAAUCUCUGCAUUUCUAUUAUUUCGGAAGCUGGUAAAUCUUCUCGAGACGACUCUAGACUUCAUCCAUUUUCCUAUGAUUUCCGAUUACAAGGGAUAUAAGUCACCAAAGUUGGUCGAAGAACUAAUUUCGAGUCAUUCGCUUUCUCGUUCACAAUUGAAGCUACAAAAUCCGUUCGCAUUAAUCCUGCGAACUUUGUCUUCAUUUUAUUUGAUCAGGAAGAUUUUUUCAUAUUUUCGUUAAUGUCGUUUUUCGCCCAUUUUUCUAUCUUAGGAGUUUUUCUUCAUCUAUUCCCUGAAUAAUUUCUUAAAUUACUUUUAUCCCGACUGCAAAUAACAGUUGUAGAACUUAUUGUAGCUUGUCUCGUCUCUUGAUCCUAGACCUCUGAAUAAAAUCUAGUCAAAUUUUUUAUUAAAUAAAUAUAUCUACAGUCACAAGCAAGAAUAUGCC